CAGCAGAGUAUAAAUUAAAGCAAACUGUGAAGGCAGAUGACUGUUUAAUCUGAGGACCAGAGGAUUCUACUGCAGGAUUGUCAUUGGACACAGGAUGAAGACCUACUUUCUCUCGAUGUUUGUGGUGUGCCUUUACUUGCCAGUCUCUGAUAGUGCAGGUCUCGCAGGGAAGUCGCUGACAUUUCCGGUCCAAACCAAGGACAGUUACGUUCAACUGAAACCAGAGCGUUGUCCUGAUUUGUCUGCCUUUACUCUGUGUUUGCGAGCAGCAUCUGCAGAGUCCCGCAACUAUGGGUUAUUCUCCUAUGCAAGUUCACAGCAUGACAAUGAACUGAUGCUCUUCAAAGCAAGUGAUACAAGAAUCGAUCUGUACCUCCAGGACAUUGUGAUUCCAUUUUGCCUUCCUGCAAUGGAUACGCUGAUGAGGCACAUCUGUGUGACCUGGGAGUCUGGGCAGGGGGAAGUCACGUUCUGGGUGAAUGGACAGCGGAGUCUUCGGAAAGUUGGUAGAAAGGGGAGUAUAGUGAAGGGUAGAGGUACCUAUAUUCUGGGUCAGGAGCAGGACAAGGUUGGGGGAGGGUUUGACAUCGAUCAGAGUUUUGUUGGGGAGGUUUCUGAUGUUAAUCUGUGGGACCAUGUUUUAACACCCAGUGAGAUUAAGGCUGUGAGUGAAGGUUGUUACAAUCCGGGGGGGACCAUCAUCGACUGGUCGUCAGUAUGGUACAUUACAAGAGGAAAAGUCAAAAUUCAGGACAAUAAAGACUGCACUGUUUAAAAUUCUUUGCUGGAGGAUCCAUUUUGGGAACAAUGGGCUAAACGAUGAGAAGAAAAUUGCAGACAUUCCCAGAAACUGCUAUAAUAGCCGAACAACCUUAUAAUCUUUUCUCAGAAUCAGCAGGCUUCCACAAUAAUAAGAGGAAUUGAUCACUGGGCUAAUUAUAUUCAGAUCAGUAGUUUUUCCACUGGAAUCUUAUAGUUUUUCAUCUUUCUCAGUUUCAAACUCAAUGAAAAGAAUCUCUGUUAUUCUCAUCAUCAGAGAUAAGGAGUCAGAGAAUGUGACCUAUUGGCACAGGAUGUAGCUUGACAUAUAUAAAAAAAAUUCUCUAAUCAACCUAUUCAAGAUGUUAUUACUUGAACCCAGGCUGCCUGGCUUAAAGGCAACGGUACUACCACCCCACCAUAAGAACUUGGUAUAAAUCCCCAGUAUGUUGCACUCUGUGCUGAACUUUGAUUAAAACCUAAAGAUUUUCUCAGAUCUAACAGGGGACCACUUAUUUCCUCACCCAUUCCUCCCUUGUUGUGCCACUAGUGCACACAUUAAAUUCCCAGUGGGAUUAGGUCUCUAUCUCAAUCAAAGUGCACCAGCAAAGACAGGGAGUUUACACCUAACUGAGACAGCUAGCAGAAUUAAACUUGUGAGAGUCUGAAGGACAGUCAGACUGUAGGAGGAGUUAAUUCUGUCCUGGAUUGUGACUGUACUGUUUGUGGGUUAUUGCUUGAUGGACACUGUCUCUCCUGUCCCUGGAAUUGCACCAUGAUUUGAAACACUUUGCAAUCGCCUUGGAAUGAAAUUAUAAUCAAUCUGUAAUGUAGCUUCAUCACAUUGAUAUAU